AUGGUUUUAAGCCUGUCCUCGCCUGUUGUGUUUCUCACUACAGAGUAUAAGGAUUUCAUUAUAAGACUGGUGCUUUUGAUCUACAGUAUGUAUCCUAACUAUAAAAACAUCAUCUACACUUGGUCAAUACUCAGACCUUUACCCGUGGAGCUAAGCUACAAUAAAGAAUAGAUAUUACGUAGUCUGCAAUUAAAUGAGUAAUUUGAAAUCAGUGAUCAAAGCUUAAAGAGAAAAGACUCUGCUGAUGAAUCAUCAAUAUCAUUAGAAAAAUAAAAGUUAUUGAGUCAGAAAACUCCAAAAGUUUAAGGAUUUCUCGAUACUAUAGUCUAUGCCUUGGCUAUUUGGGGAUCGAUUUAAUUUGGUUACAUAUUCCUAAACACAUUGAUCACAGGUGGAACAACUAUCGCUCUUAUGCUAAUUAACAAAGAGACUAUGACUACCAGUUAAAGGAACAUUAUUUCCUCAUUGUUUUGGUUUUCAAUCGGAACUUUUAGCAUAAUGUAGCUAAUUCCUUUGCUUGGUUCAGCUAUUGCUAUUCUAAUACUGUAUAGUAAAUUAGAAGCCAUUGUGGAUCCGUUCGUUUUAAUUUAAAACAUACUGACUCCAAUCGUUGAAUAUGGAAUUCCGAAUGUGUCCCUGCUUACAUCAUAUUAUUCAACUUAUGUGCUUGACCUAUUCUUUUGA